CUUCCGGUUUCUUAGCCUCCAACCGCACGCACUACAAUCAUUUCCGAAACAGGCGUCCAAGGCAGUGGCUCCGUUUGGCAGGUUUGUCCCAGCGGACUUGCCGUAGGUUGAAGUCCAAGUCGGCUCUCCCUCCCCUACAACCGCCCCCCCGGGGUCAGAGUCGAGCGCGUCGUGCCGCACUCGCGCCGACCAUGUCCGCCCGAGACAUCGCCCGCUUUUGGGAGUGGGGGAGGAAGAUCGUCUGCGUGGGCAGGAACUACGCGGAGCACGCCAAAGAGCUGAACAACGCCGUCCCCGCCGAGCCGGUCCUCUUCUUGAAGCCCCCCACGGCCUACGUGCGCGAGGGCUCGCCCAUCCUGACGCCCGCCUACUCGGGCGAGCUGCAGCACGAGGUGGAGCUCGGGGUGGUGAUCGGCAAGCGGGGCGCGGCCAUCCCGCGGUCCGCCGCCAUGGAGCACGUGGCCGGCUACGCGCUGUGCUUGGACAUGACGGCCCGGGACGUGCAGCGCGAGUGCAAGGCCAGAGGUCUGCCCUGGACCCUGGCCAAGGCCUUCGACACCUCGUGCCCGGUCAGCGAGUUCAUCCCCAAGGAGCGCAUCCCCGACCCGGGCGACGUCGGCCUCUGGCUCGAGGUCAACGGGCAGCUGAGGCAGAGCGGCCGCACGUCGAGCAUGAUCUUCUCCGUGCCCCACCUCGUCAGCUACAUCAGCCGCGUCAUCACCCUGGAGGAGGGCGACCUCAUCCUGACCGGGACCCCCGAGGGGGUGUCGGCCGUGCGGGAGCGCGACGAGCUGCGGGCGGGCAUCGACGGGGUCGUCACCGUCACCUUCACAGUGGAGAGCAGAGGUGGCUCGGGGGCCACCUCGGAAGCGAGUUGACCCAGGGGGUCGACGAUGCGGCCUUUGUCCGCCAGGGGGCGACGGCGCGCCGCACUGGCACAAUUACAAUCUUCGGUUCCAACGCCCAAAUUGUGCCUUGUGCUUUUCGCGCUUCGGAAUUAAAGAAUGAUUCGGGAAAAUGUUGCAAAUCAAGAUGAAACCCCAACAGAAGCGAAGCAAUAAAACAUCAUCCCAACCUCUCCUGUA